UCUGUGUGUGUGUGUUUCCUCUCUCCCUUGGUUGUGAUUGUAUAGAAAGUCGAUCACCCUCACUUUGUGUCAGAGUGGAAGCCGAGUCCUGACCUGUUCAUGCUGGCCCGGCCUCUUAUGGAGAUGGCUCAAAUACUAGAGAAGAGGGAAGGGACCGGGGACGUACAGGUGCUGGAGUUGGAUGCUGCCAUUUAUGAGGAGAUGACGUUACACAGUGACAUCGAUGGUCGGUCUGUAUCCUUGUAUCCUUUCCUCCCUCUGUUUAUUACCAGUUUACCUCACUCACUCUGUCCUCCCCUCUUCCCCCUCCCACCUUUCCUCUGUCCAUACUAUCUCUCUCCCUCUCCCUCUCUAUCUCUUUUCACCUCCUCCAGCUCUCAUCCUCUUGCAUGCCAUUAGGACUGGGCGGGAGCAGAGAAAUCUCCAGAGCCAAUCAGAGAAGCCAUCAGUCCAGUCGGAGUAUCUCGCCAUCCAAUCACAGAGAACCAUUAUAUCACCUCAGAGGCUCUACGUCCAACCUGAGAAGCCUGUUGUCCAGAUUGAUAACCGAACCGUACUAUUGAAGAGUCCAACUGCCCGGAGUUGGAACUCAUCUGGCCAAUCAGAGAAGUCCCCUAUAUUGCGGCAGAGUGUCUCUGUCCAAUCACAACACAGCUCGGGGAAGGAGGAGAGGUUUUCCCAUGAAACCAAGCCCCUGAUUGAAUGUACCAAACAGCAGAAAGAUCAACUGACAGAAUGUACCAAACAGCAGAAAGAUCAACUGACAGAAUGUACCAAACAGCAGAAAGAUCAACUGACAGAAUGUACCAAACAGCAGAAAGAUCAACUGACAGAAUGUACCAAACAGCAGAAAGAUCAACUGACAGAAUGUACCAAACAGCAGAAAGAUCAACUGACAGAAUGUACCAAACAGCAGAAAGAUCAACUGACGGAAUGUACCAAACAGCAGAAAGAUCAACUGACAGAAUGUACCAAACAGCAGAAGGAUCAACUGACAGAAUGUACCAAACAGCAGAAAGAUCAACUGACAGAAUGUACCAAACAGCAGAAGGAUCAACUGACAGAAUGUACCAAACAGCAGAAGGAUCAACUGACAGAAUGUACCAAACAGCAGAAGGGACAACUGUAUGCUACAGGAGCGGGGCUAACUGACUGUUAGUUGAUGGAGAAAGAGGAACAAUGCAGAGCUGAAAUUCAGGAAGGAGUUGGAGGGGGAGA